ACGACCACCCCCCACUCUCUCCCUCUCUCUCUCUCUCUGUAUUUGUAGAAAUAUUCUCUCUCUAUGAUUGAAGUUCUUCAAGUUCACGUCAAACUCCGUCGAUCAUCGAUGCAGAUUCUGUCAGAAACUGUUUGUCAUUAACACUGAUUUUCAAGUUCUACACGGAAUAGGAUUUAUAUAUAUGCAUAUAUAUAUGUAUACUUGUGGAACUAGAUUUUCACAUUGAUAGGUUUUGAUCAAGAAGCUUAUCUGUUGAACCUUCAGGAAUUCGAAGACUAUUACAAGAAUUCUAGGGUUUUUGGACUCCUUUCCGGAUGAUAUACGCUGUUCUUGCAUAUCUAUAAGCAAUUUUCUCUUUGGUGACUCCGCUUUCAUCGUCCGACUCCUCGAUUUCUCCGUGAAAAACUCCUAUUUGUUCUGUUGUUUCUUUGCUCAAAAAAGUUGCGACAGAGUUCCUGAACUCUUUGUUUCCCUGACAUAGACUCGAGUUGUUUUCUAUUUUCUUUGUUUGCUCUAAAUUUGCCUUUCAUUAGCUAUGGCGUCAAUUGCUAGUUCGAAUCAGCUUUUCAUCAACCGUUCAAAAUUUUCGUCUUCGACUAGAGCUUCUCCGAAUUUGGUUCUACUCAAGAGUCGACCAGUUGUUUCCACAGUCUUGCGCCUGGAAUUUUCUCCUGAAAAUCAACUAUCUCCGGCGCCGGUUACGUUGUCCGGCAAGGCACUGAGAUUAUCAGGUUGGGGUCAAUUGUUAAGGCGGCACCGUCCGGUAGAAACUCUGGUAGCAAAGGCGGCAGCCGCGGACGCAGAUGGCAGUGAGGUUGAAGUUUCAGAUGGAUCAGGGUUUCACAAGCCUGUUCAGAGCUUUGGCGAGAGAUUUCCAGUUCUGGUUACAGGUUUCUUUUUCUUUAUGUGGUACUUCCUAAAUGUCAUUUUCAAUAUUCUGAACAAGCAAGUUUACAAUUAUUUUCCAUAUCCAUACUUUGUCUCGGUUGUCCAUCUUCUAGUUGGUGUGGGUUACUGUCUUUUCAGUUGGGCUAUUGGUCUACCAAAACGUGCACCAAUUGACAAGGAACAAUUGGCACUCCUCACUCCAGUAGCAUUCUGCCAUGCCCUUGGACAUGUCAUGUCUAACGUAUCAUUUGCUGCCGUAGCUGUGUCUUUUACGCAUACCAUCAAAGCACUUGAGCCAUUCUUCAAUGCUGCUGCUUCUCAGUUUUUUCUGGGCCACCAAAUUCCCCUGCCCUUGUGGCUAUCAUUGGCCCCUGUUGUUAUUGGUGUAUCAAUGGCAUCAAUGACAGAACUCUCGUUCAACUGGACCGGCUUUGUUAGUGCUAUGAUCUCAAAUAUCGCAUUCACCUACAGGAGUAUCUAUUCGAAGAAAGCAAUGACAGGAAUGGACAGCACAAAUGUGUAUGCUUAUAUCUCAAUAAUAGGCCUUCUGUUUUGCAUCCCACCAGCAGUAAUUAUUGAGGGGCCCCAGCUGAUGCAACAUGGAUUUAGGGAUGCAAUUGCAAAAGUAGGUCUGUACAAAUUCUUGUCAGAUCUUUUCUUGAUAGGAAUAUUCUAUCAUCUUUAUAACCAGAUUGCAACUAACACUCUGGAACGAGUUGCCCCACUUACACAUGCAGUUGGAAAUGUCUUAAAGCGCGUGUUUGUGAUUGGGUUCUCUAUUGUAGUAUUUGGUAACAAGAUCUCUCGACAGACCGGGAUUGGUACUGCAAUAGCCAUUGCCGGUGUUGCCAUCUACUCCCUUAUUAAGGCAAACAUGGAAGAGCAAAAACGGAAGGCUGCUCACACUCCUGAUCAGUAGAGGGUAACAGUUGAAUCAGCUGAUUAUGCUGAAUUCUUCGUGUUGAGGGUAAUAAAUAUUUUUUGAAAAGGAAAAGUUGAGUGCACAAUAUCGAAGAUUGAUUGCAGCAGUUAAUGCCUGCACACAUAAGCUAAUUCUCAGCAAGGAUUUCUUUAAUCUGGUUUAGGGAAGCUAUUCCAAAAUCUGGUUUUCCUGCAUUAGUUCCGAGUCUUAUUACAAACUGUGGAAAGCACCCUUCUUUUGGCACAUAAAUUAUUCGCACCUUCAACUUGCAAAAUUGUUAGUUAGCCUUGC